AUGCCACAUAGCACAUCAGCAGAGGAUCGUCUUUCUGUGAGAAUGUCAGGAUAUAAAAUCUCUGACGAAACGCCAGCAUCACCAAAUUCACCCACGUUCGACAUACCCAACGUGAUGAAUGGUAGUAUUGUACAGAAUCAAAAUUCCAUUAUUGGGUCAGAGGGCAGCUUGAGCAAUACAACAGGUUCAGACACGUCGAUUGCUUCUCAAACCAUUACACUCACAAGUACAACCAUCACUUCGUUGCAGGACAAGUCUCCAAAAAAAGGAUGGAAGGCAAUAGGGAUACAUGCUUUUUUGAACGUUUAUUUGAUAUGGACUCAACUUUUUGUGACAACUCUUCGUGACUACCAGUGGGGAGAAUAUGGAAAUUACAUUUUCACAGUGUUGAAUUUUCCAACAACGUUCCUCACUCACUUGAUUCCUUAUUGGGCAGCUGUUGGUGUAGCAGUAGUAGUUGUUGUAAUGAUCUUUACCUAUCUGGCAUGCAUUGUUUUGGCUUUUAGAAAUACCUUCAAACCAACAAAAUAUUUCAAAAGGCUGAAGAAAUUUGUCAACCAUUAUAGCUUGCUGUUACGAACAUUUUCAUUGUUCUUUACCUACGUGCUUGUUGGAUUUUUUGAUUGUAACAUUUCGAAAACAGUAGAUGUCAGCGUCAUUUCAGGAGGAUCUCUAGUAACCACAUCUAUGCAAGCCCUUAAUCGAUUUCCCACUGUUGCAUGCGCCGAGGCCAGUAAUAUGGCCAUGAUGAUCACAAGCUCAGUUUCUAUCCUAGUAUUAUUGGUACUAGUUCCUGUCAGCGAGCUCAUUAUUACCAACUCUAAUCCACAUAGCAAAACGUCACUACUGAUAGAGAAUUCUGUUGUACCAUGUUUGAUGAAUAUUUGCAGUUUGCUGCAAUUACUUGUUGCGUUUGUUGUGCCUCAACAAUAUUCCUAUGGUUCUGCAGCAUUUCAUGUUGUAUUAAGUUUGCUCAUGGUAUUUGUCAUGCUCUAUUGCAUUCCGUUCUUGAGAAGAUUUGAAAAUGCGUUAUACUUUGGAUUUGUGUGUGCACGAGCUGCAGCAAGUGUUGGAUCCCUCAUUUCAGCCUCUGUAAACGCACCUGUAAUUUCCGACGACAUGGGUGCGGGAUUUGCAGGAAUGACCAUUGGUUUAAUGGUCAUUGCAUUUAUUUCUGGAGCAGUAGUGAUGGAGCUCUACACAAGAAUUCAACUCCACAGAAUGAGAGACUUUUUUUUGCAAGCAGCCGCCGCUUAUCCUCAAACUGAAACGGAAAAGAACUUUAUUUAUGUCAUUGAAAAAUUGGCCGUAUCAAUGUAUGUGGACUUGGAAGAAAGUGGUAAAUUAUCGCUGUUGAGACUAUUCUUAAAAUUAUGUCUCAAAAAUGGAAAGAUACGCAGAGUAGCCACAACAUCAGAUGCUUCAGAAGAAUAUUUUGAUUCUGACAUUGCAUUGGCCUUUAUUAAGGGAGUAGCUCAGCAAAAAUCGUUCAGUGACAUGGAAGUUCUAACUCAUGCAGCUAAAAUAGUUCAAUUCAAGCUUCAUGGAGACAGCAACAGCUCUGUCUUUGCUCAAACAUUGUUGCAGAGAGCCAUGAAACAGCAUCCAAAUAUGGUUCAAAAAUUUUUCAUUCAGGAACGAAUGAGAGAAGUGGAAGUCAUGUCUCAAUCCUCUAAUAACUUGUUUGAUGUGGCCACACAAAUUGAAAAACUUUCAAAGAAUCAAAACAUGCUACUAAGCUUGCAUAGAGAUUUUUGGAAAGAGCUUGCUGGUGAGCAAUUGAACUAUGCUUCAAUCGAAAAAAUUAAUCGAAAAAUCUUUACGCUGACCAGUGAAUGCAAAACGAUUUUAACAUCCUUGUUUUUCAAUUACUCUAAUAACAAGACAGUUCUCCGUCUAUACGCAAAUUUUGCAGAAACUUUUGAAUUCAAUAAGGAGCUAGCUCAAUCAUUGUUCUCCGAAGCCAAUACUAUUGAGGAAGAAGAGAUGAGAAAACGAAGACGUAAAAUGUCAGUAAAUACAUCACAUUAUCAACAAAGAAAAGGAAACAAGAUAACUCCUUCUGAAGGCGGUGGCAAAUAUGAGGUGAGCAGCAAUUUUGAAGAGGAUCAAGAUCUCCACUCAGCAACCGAAGAAGACUCCCAAUCUUUGCAGAGCGCAUUUGACAGUCCUCAAGCGAAAAAAGAAAGUUUAUUCAGGCAAGCAAUUGCAGUACCAAAAUCACAUAGAGCGUCCACUCUUUUUUCCGUUUUGUACUUUGCAUUAGCCUUUGCUAUCAUUAUUGCAUCCAUUGGACUUAGUAUUUAUUACUCUAGAAGCGUGAAAGUGAACGUACCCAAUCUUCAAGAAGUUUGCCUACCAGGAAACAUACCUAAUUCUGUACUGAGAAAUAUUCGAGCUGCACAAAACUGGAUCAAUGUUUUUUAUUUGUUUGAGUAUCCAUGGCCAGCCAUGAAUGAAGGAUUUCCUACAGUGACCAAACAGUUUUAUAUUGUGGAUCAUAAGAGCAGGCUUGCAAGUGAUGUGAUCGUGUUGAAAAAACUACUACAAGUGGGCCAAAAGAAUGUAUUUGAUUCAGACAUUUAUUCAGACUAUUCUUCAAAUAUUUAUACGAUGCAAAUACCCAACGAAGAUAGUACACAAACGAGCGUGUAUACCGGAACAAGCUCUAUCAGAAACACCUCAAUAGUUGAAAUUACCAAUAUGAUGAUCAAGUAUACUGAAGCACUCAUGUCUCAAUAUCCAGACACUUUGCUUUUGACUAUUGAACACGGUAACAUGUCAAGUCAAACAAGAAAUCAAAUGUUGAAUCAAGUUGCCAACCAUAUUUAUUUCAAUCCCACUCAGAACUACAACUAUAUGUUUUUAUGGCUUAAUAGGAACGGAUUUACAAGUGCUUUUGAAACAUUUUGUCAAAGAUACCUCGAUAGAUCAGUAUCCAUCAUUUCAAAUUCCGUCUUUCAAUUUGCGCUGUUUGUCUCUAUUUCUCUUGGAAUAUUUCUAGUCAUAAGCGCCAUGUAUUUUGUUUAUAUUGUUCAAGAGUUACGAAUUAUGGGACAGUUGGUGAAACUAUUCGAAUAUUCUCUUCCAAAAGAUGUGGUUGGAAAAAUAUUCCAUCAUUUAAGCAAGAGAACCGAGUAUGAAGCUGCUACAAAUGUCAACACAUUUGCCUUGAACAAGUACAAGCCCAAUAUAACUUUGGUAGCCUCAUUGCUACUGAUUACCAUUUCUGUUUGCUGUUGUGGAGUUAUGGUUUUCAUUGAAAGUUAUUGGAAUGCACAGAUAUCGUCAAGAGUCAUGUCCAACGUUCGACUCACCAUUCAAGCAGCUUCAACACUGCAAAGGUUAGCAUUUGAAGUUGGUGAAAUCAACACGUACUAUGCAGUCAGUGAAAUUUCUAAACCAAAUUCAGUCCUGGCCUACCAAUUCAAUAGAACAGUCACGUACGGAGACAUGCGAUUGUGGCCUAAUAGAAAGAACUUGGAUAUCCUUUUUGAAAGAGUGUUGAAUCGAACACUUUCAGUGAGUACUUCCAUUACACAAUUGGUCUACGGAGAUGGAACCUCACAACCAGUUCUUGGUAUCUAUCCAACAGUAGAUAAGCUCAUAACCAUUGGUAUGGAUAAUUGUACCGAUUACAUGAUCAAAAACAACAUUUCUUACACGUAUGCAAGCAAUUUAUUGUAUUGCAAAGGUUUAGAAUCAGUACUUACUGACUUUUUAUCAGCAUGUCCACAAGUAUCUACUGACUCUAGAAAACAAUAUAUUGAACAACAAAAGGCUCUUGUCAAUGGAACCUUAUUGGAUCAAGUUCCAAUGGCUAUGAAACACAAUAAUUUGAUGAGAAUGUCACUACCAUUAAUCACCAAAUUUGUGACAUUUAUUUCUGAAUUUGUGAAAGCUUCAUCUGAUCCAUCUUCCACUGUUGUCAUUGUUGCUUCCAUAUUUGGAAUUGUGGUUGCUUCUCUGUGUGUAAUAGUCUUUAGUAUAUUUUCUUCCAUCUAUUGGAAUCAAUUACAUUGCUUGAGAAUGAUGAUUAAUUACGUUCCAGUUGAAGUAAUGAUGAAGAAUGAAAGCUUGAGAAACUUUAUCAUGUACCACUCAGUGGACAAAAAGACCAAAAAGAAGAGCUCACGAAAACAAAGGGCCCAUGUCGAAGAUGCCUUCAAUGACAUGAAAAUUAUUUUCAACUCUAGUGUUGAAGGUACCAUGAUGUGUAAACAAAAUGGAGAGGUUGAAGUUUUCAACAAUGCUGGAUUGAGAAUGUUUGGUCUGAAAUUGAUUGAUAUUUUAGGAAGACCAAUGUACGAAUUAUUUGAUCCUGCAUGUAGAGAUUCUGUGAAGAAAAAGGUGGAACGACUCUUUGCCACCCACAAACAUGAAAGUUCACAUAACUUGAAAGAGAUUGAAGAAGAUGAAGUUUUCACAAAUCAACUUGUAGAAACUAUUGAGCUUGAUUGCAUUAGGAAAAAUCAAACCAAAUUUCCAGCUAAAAUUAAUAUCUAUGUCGUGAAGUUGGAUAGCAAAGAUGCUUGCUCAAUUGUUGCCACCUUCAAAGACAUUACUUCAGAAAAGAAGCAAACUGCAUUAUUGAACGAGGAAAAACAAAAAUCUGACAAUUUACUCAAAAAUAUCCUUCCCACAACAGUGGCCAAUCGUUUAAAGGGAGGAGAUUCAUUUAUUGCUGAAAAGUUUGAUGAUAUUACUUGCUUCUUUAGUGACAUGGUUGGGUUUACCAAAAUUAGUAGCAAUCUUCAAGCAUCAGAUUUAGUGUUAAUGCUGAAUGCUAUUGUGAAUGGAUUUGAUGCAUUGACAGAAAAAUAUGACUUGGAAAAGAUCAAAACUAUUGGAGAUGCUUACUUUUGUGUUGGUGGAUUGCAUAAUUCCUUAUCUGAUCAUCCAGAGAGAGUUCUAAAAUUUGCCAUUGAAACAUUUGGUGUCAUUCACCAUUAUAAUUCCAAUAAGCAUAUUGAUAUUCCAGACAAUAUCAACAUUCGAGUUGGAAUUAAUACCGGACCAGUUGUUGCCGGUGUGAUUGGUAGCAAAAAGUUUGCCUAUGACUUGUGGGGUGACACCAUCAACGUCGCUUCUCGAAUGGAAUCUACAAGUUUGAACGGACGUAUUCAAGUCUCCAGAUCGACCUAUGCGCGUGUAUUCGAUUUGGGAUAUGAAUUCGAGGAGAGAGAAGUGGACGUGAAAGGAAAGGGCACAGUCAAAACCUAUCUUUUGAACGCAAAACAUCACGAUCAUGUAGUAUUUGUACAACAGCAACAACCUCAAGAAAAUGCACUGAGUCAGCUUCGAAAUACAUCGAACACAACAGAUGAUGAGAACAAUGCUCAACAACUCCCUCAAGAAACGAAUGACGAAAGUCAAUAA